AUGCAUACGGCGUUCGGGUGGAAGCAUACGGCGUUCGGGUGGAAGCAUACGGCGUUCGGGUGGAAACAUACGACGUUCGGGUGGAAGCAUACGGAUACGGCGUUCGGGUGGAAGCAUACGGGGUUCGGGUGGAAGCAUACGGCGUUCGGGUGGAAAAAAAUACGGCGAAAAGGGUGGAAGCAUACGGCGUUCGGGUGGAAGCAUACGGCGUUCGGGUGGAAGCAUACGGCGUUCGGGUGGAAGCAUACGGCGUUCGGGUGGAAGAAUACGGCGGCGUUUGGGUGGAAGCAUAAGAUUGAGUUCGGAUGGAAGCAUAAGGAGCAAAGCGUUCGGGUGGAAGCAUACAGCGUUCAGGUGGAAGAAUACAGCGUUCGGGUGGAAGCAUACGGCGUUCGGGUGGAAGUAUAA